UCGUGUCACUGUCGGAGACGGAGGGCUUCAACAUGGCGCAGUUCUGCAGCACGUGCCUCAUCCGCCGGCCGGUCCGCUCCAAACACUGCUCCGUCUGCAACCGCUGCGUGGCCAAGUUCGACCACCACUGCCCCUGGGUCAACAACUGUGUCGGUGCCGGAAACCACAAGUAUUUUGUGUACUACCUGCUCUUCUUGGCCGGGAUGUGCGUCUUCUUCCUGUACGGCUGCAGCGUGUUCUACCAACGCGCCUGUGCGGUCGCCAUUUCGGAGCAGGGUUUUUGGAACGCCGUCUCCACCAUGGCCACGUGCGAGACGUGGGUGUUCUGGAACGCCCUCAACGCGCUGGUGCACGCCGUCUGGGUGUCGGCCCUGUCUGCUGCCAGAUGGACCAAGGUGGCGUGGCUGGCGAUGACCACCAACGAGCGCAUCAACGCCGCCCGGUACAAGCACUUCGCGUCGGCGGAGGCGAACGCCGUCGACUUCUUCGGCUGCCGCUGUGUGGGCGUGUGCAAGCCGAGCCCGCCCGACUGGCGCGCCGUCUACCGGCUGGAGGAGGCACUCUGUGACACGGCCUGA